GAGCAUAACCUGGAUUCAACGGAUCUUAAAGCUGUCCCUUACAGAGUGGGAUUGGGGUCAGAGGUCACUGGUCAGGUUAGCAGCAUGGCAGAGGGGAAGCCGUAUCGAUAUGGUCUGAUUGCGGCGGGGCUGUGUGUGUUGUUGGUUGGUCUGUUCGUCAUGUCUCAGGAGCAGCCUCAUGUCUUUGUAACACUCUGCUCACUGGGGGUCAUCAUGGUUGCCCUCGGCACAGUGUGGAGCGUCUGCCAGUGCUACCCUAAGGUGGUGUUGAUCUCUUCAAGCCCAGAGGAGAGAGGUGAGAUCAACAUGGAGGAAACCAGCAGGGAUCCACUGACUAAUUUUUACAACAAAGUCAGCAUCAACGGUCCCGCCCCCUCUUGUUCUAUCCCUAUGGUAAUGCACACCUCCCGCAGCUGUCCCAUACUUCACAUGGCUUGAUUGGAAAUAAACGUAUUUGACAGACAUUAUAGCUCAAAUGUAAUCACUCGUGCUUCGCGCACACACAAAGAAUACAACAGUUUACAAAAAGUUGUGCAUUCCAUUUUAUUUUAUAUCAAAUUUCCCCAUAAUCAAACUCUGAUGUACAAAUGAAAACUGGGUUUGAACAUGCAGUGUCCUAGCAUGGCGGACUGGCUUCCAGCAGGAGUGAUGCUCAAAGCAGAAUCACACAGAUUAAAAAACCUAGAUCGAUUUCAUUCCUUCCGGCACCUUCCCCCCCCUCUCCCCUUCACGCCCGUAAUCUCCACCCCUCCACACACCGACCCACAGACAAAAAUAAAUGAUUGAUUGGUACUGUUCUGAGGACUACAGGUGCUGCUGAGGGUCAAACUGAGCAGUCUGCCCUGUGAGUGGGUGUUGCUGAAAGCGCUGACACA